AUGACUAGCCACACAGGCAGUCCCAGAACACCCUCACCUUCACCUAAAGGUGAGCAGAUGCUCCCAUCCGUUGAGUUCACCUUCUCUUGCAGUCCUUCAUCCGCUGGAGGUGCCAUAACUCCAACCUCUACACAGUCCCUUUUCGAGAACUUACAGAUCGGUGAACAUGUUCAGCCCCCAACGGCUGAAGAGCCACAGGUUGACUACACACAGAAGGCGCAAAGAGUGUUUGGAUUGAGCCCGACACCAAAAUCCCGCGGAACAACCUACAGAGAGCUUCACAAUGCCACUCCUAGUCCUGCCGGACCCUCUUCCCGUCGGCCGGACCAGCAGCCGCGGGCAAGCACACCUAACUCCCCUCUGAAGGACAAGAGCAUGUCGAGAGUGAGCCUAGAAGACUCAAAACAUACCUCCGAGGAUGCUUCCGACAACAAUCAUCAUGAGCCCGUGUUUGCCGACAGUGUUACUGGCGAUAAUGAGAACAACGCGACACACAAAGACUCGGAUAACGAUCACUCCGACUACAACGAUGAUGACGACGACGAGAAGCAGCAUGAAAGUCGUUACAACGUUCGCCAGGAUGAACUCCCUCCGGCGCCGAUAUAUGAUAUGCAACUUCAGAAUGCACUACGCGCUGUCAGAAGUCAACUCGCUAGCCUUGCGCAGCACCUUGGGAGGAGACGCAAUUUAGUGGGUGAUUCAACUACAGCGCUGCAUCAAUUGUAUGAGCAAGCACUAAAGGCGAGUCGCUUUGCAUAUCCGGCCACGCGGACUGUGGGUUUCAUCGGCGACUCGGGAAUGGGCAAGAGCAGCUUGAUAAACUCCAUUCUCGAUCAAGAGGGACUCGCUCGGUCGAGUGGGGACGGCGCUGCUUGCACGACAGUGGUUACCGAAUUCCGGAGUGUCGAUGACGAACAUCCGCAAAACUAUACCGUCGAAGCAGACUUCAUGGAUCAGAGCGAGAUCCGCGAGCUACUAGAGGAAUUGCUGUCCAGUGUUCGGAAAUACUACACGGAUGCCUUUCGCGAAGUGCAUAAGUCGGAAGAAAAGGAGCACAUCAAGGCCGCAGCGCUGAGAGCGUGGGAGACAUUACGGUCUCUCUUCCCGAAUGAAGAAGGCUUGGACCUCGAGUUUCUGUCCAAGGAAGGGGAAGAGUCGGUAAAGAUCAUCUUAACGAUCCUGCAGGAAUGGGCCAUGGCUGGACUGGAUUACCGACCGGGGGGACGAGACAACCUUCACUAUUCCAUGGUAGCUCGGAAUGCGGAUGAAUGCAUGGAGGAGCUGGACAGUCUCAUGGCUGACUCCAAAGAUAGCAAGCGACCAGCAUUAUGGCCCUUUGUGAAGCUGAUCAGGGUUUAUUUGCGGUCGCCUGUCUUGCGCACUGGGUUGGUCUUGGCCGAUGUUCCAGGCUUCCGUGACCUGAACUUUGCGCGAGUCCGAGCGACAGAGAGGUAUCUCCGUCACAGUUGCGACGAAGUGUUCAUCGUCAGCUCGAUUCUACGUUGUACCACCGACCAGUCGGUCGGCGACAUAAUCCGACGUUGUUCACAAGAUCAGCCCAUUCGCAUUGUGUGCACUCGCUCCGAGGAUGUCGAUGCAAAAGAGACUGCGCGCAGUUCUUCCACUGAAGACGCUGCACGCAUCCGCAAUAUGGACAGCCGAAUCGAGCAUCUCGAAAGUAAGAUUAGAUCGACACGCUCUCGGAGGCGACGCGCGAGCGGAAGUAGGGGUCAAAACCUCGCCGCUGAGGAGACCGAUUUGAGCGACCAGAAAGAUGCCCUCCAGCUCGAGUUGGAUCGUUUUCUCAUUACAAGAAGGAACACCCGAGUUACGGACAUUCUGUUGGCCGCCUGGGGCAACAAAGCACGGGUAUUCUGUGUUAGCAACAAGCUUUACGCUGAUCAUCGAUUCAUUGACAUCGAUGAAGCAAAUGGGUAUCGGGCGCUGAGUGGGAUCACCGAGCUUCGUCGCUACUGCCAGUCUGUUCCGGCCGAUGCGCAGCUCCGAGCAACGGUCAUUUAUCUCAAGAACGAAGUCCCGGCCCUUCUAGGUUCGAUAAAUCAAUGGGUCUUGGCGGGUUCGAGUGGCAUCACUGUCGCCCGAGCGGAAUUACUGCGUGGGGUAUUGGUGGAGGCAGAAAGGACCCUCGAACGGAACAUACUCUCGCAGGACUCGGAAGUGCGUCGAGCGCAGCGUACUUUGGAACAAUUAUUCACUAGCGACAUCACACGACUCAUCCAUACGUCACGGAACGCCUGGUGCAAUAAUGCAGUUAAUGCGAGCAGAGAGUGGGCUUCAUGGCAUCACAUGACAUACGCAGCCUUUUGUCGCAAUUAUGGAAGUCACCAGACGAAAAGUCAGCAGUAUCGUUGCUGGAAUGAAGAGAUUCUCGGCUCUGCACGUGAUUGGCUGAAGCUCGCAUGGGAUGUUGUGCUGAGCCAGUUGAAGGGGCAUGCCGAAGGCUUUGAGAAAGGUCUUUCGCGUCUAUUCGGGGAGGUCUGCGAGUCUAUCGGAAAACACCAUGACCUCGCGCCAGAAUCCCUGCAAAACCUGCUUUCGAAUAUCCGCAUCCGGCAAAGAUGCUUGGAGGAAGCUGUUCGCAGUUCCUUUCAUGACCUUAUGUUUACAACGGAGUACGGUUUCCGAUGCAAGCUCGAUCAGACGCUGUUGGCUAAUUCGCUGCACAGAAAAGUCAAAGCCGACACAAUCCACGGGCACACCAGUUCCUAUAUCGCGAAUGUCAUGCGCCCUGUCUAUAACAUCUGCCAAGAGCAAUGCGGGACCGGAAGCGAUUCCCGACGAAAGGGAACAAUGAACCACUUUCUUUCAUCUCCAACGCUUUUCAUGCAAUUUGCCUCGAAUAUCGAUAGGGACUAUCGCCAAGUCUUGGAUGAUACCUUUGGUCAACUAGACCAUAGGCUGCGCGACGAGGUUGCGAACAUCACUCGGGACCUGCGGGCUUCAGUCACGGUCGAGGGCGAGGUUUCGGAGGCUGGGCAGAACCUUCAGCACGCGGGUCAAGUGAAGGAGAAAGUGGAGGAAAUUCGCAUUGUUUUAGAUCAUGCUCAGCUGAUAGUUAGGGAAUUGGCGGAGGGAGUGACGUCUUGA